GGUUUCGGUACUUGGGGAAGACCGUAAACAAAUCGAUUUUAUCCUGAAUCUUUUCUGUGUUUGCUUCAAGCUCUGCGCUAUUUUCCUGGUAAUAAUUUAAAAGCCCCUUUUGUUAAGUACCUCUGCCUCCAUUCCUCUUUAGAUAUCCCUUUUCGUGCAUUCAGUAUGGCGAGUGGGUUCGUAACGGAAACGGAACUCGCUGAGGCUCGUCGCAUACGACAGGAAGAAUGGGAAAAAGUGCGAACUGCAGAUCAGCCAAUAGAGGCUCCGGAAGAAGAGUACGAUGGCCGAUCGCUGUACGAACGGCUGCAAGAGCAGAAACAAAAAAAGGACAGCGAGUUCGAGGAGGCACAUAAGCUCAAGAACAUGAUCAAAGGCCUAGACGAUGAUGAGGUGGAAUUUCUAGAUUUGGUAGACAAGAAUCGUAUGCAAGCAGAGCGGCAAGCGCACCUGGAAGAGCAGCAAGAAUUGAACGAGUUUCGCGCAAAGGUGGCCACGCUACAGGAAAAACGGUUAGACGAGCAAAUUCAACAGCAAGUUUCUAAACCCAAAGCGACCAAAACCCCAAUCACCAGUACACGUUUGAGUCAGAAGCAAAUUCUGGCCGGGGUUGUACGUAAGCGUAAGCUCGAAGCUGAAACUGAACCUACUGAGAAGCUGAUUGCUGGUGCUUCUCCUACCAAACCCGUCAACGGAGAACCAGCGAGUAGCGAGCCAACGAACACCACGCCACAGAAAGAACCGCCCAAGGACAACGCAGACAGCAAACCGAAGGUGCACAAUACGGGUAUGCGAGUCAUCGGAAUACUGCCCGGUAUGGGUUCGUACAAUUACGAUGAUGAUGAUUCCGAUUCGGACAACAGUUCGGAAGAUUCGGAGCUCGACGAUAGCCAGGAGUAUGAUUGGAUAGGGCGCAAGAUUCGCAAGACGUGUGAAGGUGGUGGUAAAUGAUAAGGUUCAGUGCACUAGGGACAAUGCUGGAAGUGUUAAGCGUGUCCUUUUCGGAGUUCUCUGUUCACGUUGGCUUACAAAUAAAUGUUCAAUUGCAUCCUAGA